AUGGCGCCGACAUCCGGCCUUAGCCCUAGUGAACAAGUAAUAGAGCGCAUGUGCCAGUUGCAAAAGCGCGCCAAGUCAUUGCCCAGCCCUGGGCGUUACUGCCCAGCCCGGGGCGUCACACGGGGCAAUGGGCAAGCAGCCAACCAGCGGAGUACACGCCGCCGCAGGGGGUAUUUAAGCAGCACCAUUCUGGGGGUUGGGGUCUUCCUCCUUUCAUCAAUUGACUGCAAUAAAGCUUGCUGCAGAAGGAUCCUAUUGUCCGUGUGCGUUCUUGCUGGCGAGAAGACCACGUGGGUUGCAACAACUGGUGCCGAAACCUGGGAAAGCCGGGGAGCUAAGGAGGAAGAUAAUCCCUUUUGGUUACCGGAGCGCCUGACACGGAGGCUUGUGGUACCUGAAGAUGACACCCAAGGAGACAAGUCUACGGAAGCUCCUAGUGUUGGAAACUGGUCGGAAAAUUUCGAUGAGACUUUGGAGCGCCUACGAGCUGCGAUGAUGGCCAUUAAUGCAACGCGCUUGGACCUGUCGUUGACUGAAGGACUCUCCUCCUGGGUUUCUUCAGCCUUUUCAUUCUUUAAAGAGUGGGUGGGGGUAGGCCUGUUUGGCACUGCUUUAGUUUGCGGUCUAGUGUUCUUACUUUGGUUGGUCUGCAAGCUCAAAGCCCAACAACAACGUGACAAGGUCGUGAUUGCACAAGCACUUGUGGCCUUGGAGCAAGGAUCAUCUCCCGAAAUUUGGUUAUCCAUGUUAAAAAAUAAAAACAGACUGACACUCAGACGAUGCACCUCAAGGGGUUUUACCCAUUGCACUGAGUCGAUGAGUGAUCCAAGUCACAAUGUUGCCUUCGCCUAAGCGGCUAUGGUACCUAGAUAGGAGGAUGACUGCCCUUGCACUCCCUGGAAUUUUAUUCCAUUGCACGGGAAUGGGUGUCACCUCCAUUUUUUAAUCUUCUCCUUUAGCCCCUGCACCCAGAGGACUUGUCUGGUGGGGUAAGGGAGUAAUCUAAAGCUCUUGAUCGCUUACUCCCCAAAGAAGGAAUUCGCUUGAUCGAGCUUAGGGCUUUAUUGUGCCGCGCUUACAAGGCUUUGAGACAGUUUUCAUUUAUUAAAACAAAAAGGGGGAGAUGUGGAGAGCCGAGAGAAUGCAAUCGCCAUUACGAAAUGGCGCCGACAUCCGGCUUCAGCCCUAGUGAACAAGUAAUAGAGCGCAUGUGCCAGUUGCAAAAGCGCGCCAAGUCACUGCCCAGCCCGGGGCGUUACUGCCCAGCCCUGGGCGUCACACGGGGCAAUGGGCAAGCAGCCAACCAGCGGAGUACACGCCGCCGCAGGGGGUAGUUAAGCAGCACCAUUCUGGGGGUUGGGGUCUUCCUCCUCUCAUCAAUUGACUGCAAUAAAGCUUGCUGCAGAAGGA